CUAUAUGUGGAGGGUGUCCUUUUCAUUUGUGAAGGGACAUUGCACUAACCGUUGUCUAUGUAGAUUUUCAGUUCUUGUUCUGAAUCCAGUCUGUUCAAUUCAGUUUUUCGUUUGAAGUGACAAGAAAGUUUCAGUGGCCUAAAGCAGACUGCAUUGAAGCUGUCUAUCUUGCCCAGGCAUGUUUUCGGAGAAGGAUAUCAAUCGUCACAACUACCAGAUGCGCUUCAUGGAAAUGGAGAACAAAAUCAAGCGUUGCGAACUUGAAAGAGCCGAACUUGAGCAACGCUUUGCGCAACUAAUGCGAGAACGUCAGGAGUGUGAAAAGACCGCGGCACGACAAGUCAAGAUGAAAUACAAGCGAAUGAUGGAACUUGAACAACAGCGAGCUGAACGAAACGAAAACUUACUGAGAAUGCUUCACACCAUCGAUCAACAAGCAGCAUCACUUGCCGCAAAAACAGAUCGACUGAAGAUGCUGAAGACUCAAUACGAAUCUUAUCUUAUUCGUUCCUGGUCUUCACAACGAGCUCUUCCUUGUUCCUCUCCAAUUCCUUCGCAGCAUUCUUUGCAAUCUCAGCUGUGCUUGGCACACCCACCUACAUCCUCUAUCCAAUUCCCGCAACGACCCAUCGAUUCUCCCAAAUCUGAGUUCGUGCGUUAUUUAUCGGAUAUAACUCACGUACAAACAGCUGUUUAUAAUCCCAUCCCACCACCAACAGCACUUUCCAACUACAUCAGUCAACAGCAGCCUUCAGGACAUCAACAGUACACUUCGCCUUUCUUAGCAUCAGCACCCUCAUUCGUCCAAGAACCUAUCAUGCGUCCAGCAGCUGCUCCAGAAGAGAUGCCUGCCAUACAAAGUUUCACAAAACAAUCUUCCUCGGAGCCUAAAGUGCCCGCUACUCCUCGUCGUUUACCUUCAACCGUCCAUCCAACAAAGAAACUUGAGCUUUCCAAUGAAGAAUUUAUUCAAUACAUUGACAAUGAAAUAUUGAAAGGGUCCUCCACUGUCGAUUCAACGGAAGUUACCAAUGAUCCACCACCGGACAUCGUAAUUGACCCGCCUACAAUGGCCUCAACUCCUCUUCCGGCGGCUGCCUACUUGGAAGAUUUGACCAACGAUGAAGAAGAUCGUCUUUGUCCACCUACUGGAAGUCGUGGUGUUCUCUCUGAUGAUUCGCCCAUUAUUGAAGAAAUCGUUGAACCCACAGCAGAACUUAAUAUUAACGAUGACAAUCCGACAUCGUCUUACGAGGAAGAGGUCGAAAAGUCUCUGGCUGUGUCGGAUGACGCCAUCAUCAACCAACGAUGGGAGAAGCUCGUUGAAGUGAAUUCCCCUAUAAGACCGGCACAAAACGUUGCCAACGAAUCAGAUACUAAGGUACCCCUGGAAGAACUAGUUGCAAUGACUCUUCGUGGUGUAAUAUGUGAAGUAGAAGAACGGUACGAAGUUCCACCCAUUUCCGAUACAACGGAAAUUGUAAAACAAGAGCAACCUGCGUUGGACGAAGGUCAAUAUCCACACGGUACAUAUGACUUGACCAAUACUUCUGAGGCUUUCGGAGAAAUACAAUCCGAUUAUCCACAGUCAGCUUUCGAUUCGGAGAAUGCCAAUCCAUCGGAGCAGCAAUUUCCAGAAUUUUCUAAAGAAUAUCAGGACGAAAUUCCUCCUGAAUACUCCGUACAGGACAACGUUGAUCUCAAUUAUGACAAUUCGUCAACUUACGCACAGCCGAUUCUUCAGACUACCACUGAGGAUACAUCGCACCGGACUACGGCAAGACAGGUCGUUCGGCCCAAAAGCAUCGAAACAAUCGAUGAAGUGAUCAGCAAUGGUGAAGAAAACCCGGAUGAGAGUGCUCCAGUAUCCGUAUCAAAGCAUUCUUCUCCAAUCGGAGAGAACGUGACCUCCACGGAACUUCACCAAUCAGAGCAGGAAAUACAACCCAUGCAACCUAAUCCCGAGGAGGAGAACCAACAGUACGACUAUUCCCAGUAUCCCCAAGAGUACGACCCGAAUGAUCCCAACCAACAAGCGGCAUACUAUCAGCAAUACACAGACGAUCAAACUGGACAGGGUCAAGAUCAAACCUACCAAGAAUAUGCCGAUCACGAUCCGAACCAGUAUCAGCAAGCGACCGAAUAUCCUGGCCCGACACAGUACGUAUUCGAGCAGGGUUAUUACGAUGAACAACAACCGCAACAGGAGGCAGAGUCAGACCAACAGCAGCUCCAACAACAAGGCUACUACGAGGCGGACCCGAAUGCAACCGAUCAGCAAUACUAUGCGGAAGAACAAGCCGAUCAGGCGUACUAUGAUCAGUCGCAAGUGGGUGUGGAAUAUCCUAACUAUGAUGAACAGGUAGCAACCGCUGCUGAUGCGUCACAAGAAGAUCUCGCGGAAAGUGCUCCUUAUCAGGUUACGGAAGAUAAGAAUUUAGUCCAGCAGGAGCAUUUAACGCCGACGACAGUGAUGAGUUCAGAGCCGAACAUUGAAGAGAAAACGAGUGAUAGUAGUGAGUUAUUAGUGGCAGACGAGAAGACGGAUUCUCCGGUUGAACCAAACGGUAAACAGGAUACAACUAUCAGUUCGGCGAACGAUGAAAGUGAUUUUGAUUUUUCCACGCAGUAAUUCUAAAAGCAUGUUACUUAAUCUAUUUAUGUUGAAUCUACAGGAAUUGAUCUUUCCCGUGAAAAUAAAAAUAAUAUUG